AUGUCAACCACUCCUACGAACAUCUAUUCAAAGGCUUCGUAUGUCGACCCCGACUUGAUUGACGAACUUGGCGACGAAGUCACAACACCUGGAGGAACACAACCUGCUGAUGACCAACAGAAUGGUCAAGGCAGCACUGCAAACAAACGCAUUGACCAGCUUCGACAGCUAGCAAAUCUCCCAGUAAAACUAAUUCCAAUUCGGCUAGAUCUUGAGAUAGAAGGUGUCAAGUUGCGAGAUCAAUUUACCUGGAAUAUGAAUGAAACGCUCAUGACACCAGAGUAUUUUGCGCAACUUUUGGCGGACGAUCUAGAGUUUCCAUAUGCGUCAUAUUUUGUACCUCAGAUAGCAGAUGCCAUUCGAAAACAAGUUUCAGAAUACGCUGCCGCCGUAGAAGAGGAUCUUAUCCCUGUCGAAAAACUCAAAACCAUACCCCAAAAAACUGUUGCUUUGGAGAGUUCUCCGCCGUCCAAGUCUUUAGUUGAAGAUGCCUUGCAAACCAAACAAGAGUUGCACACUAAUGGUGGUGAUGGCCUUUUAAAUAAAGAAAGUGAAGUAAGCACCACUAGCGCAGUUGACGAGACUGGAGACGCUCUAGAUGAUUUUUCAGCAUACGGCGAUUUACGAAUAGUGAUUACGUUGGAUCUUCAUGUCGGAGUUGUGUAUCUCAGGGAUCGAUUCGAAUGGCCUCUUUUUCCUACACAUUCUAUUACACCAGAGCAUUUUGCUCGCCAACUUUCUGCGGAUCUUGGAGUGGGUGGUGAAUUUGUCCCCAUGAUUGCACAUGCCAUUCGCGAACAGGUUGUCAAUGCGCGUUUGAAUUACUCUCAGGCUACAGAAGCAGCAUUUUGGAGAUCACGGCCAUUUAGAAGUGAAGAUUUUGAGUUUGAAUGGCAGCCCGAUCUGCGAAUUCUCUCGGAUGAGGAUAUUGACCGGAUUAACAAAGAGGAGGAUCGUAACUCACGACGAUUGAGACGACAACGGCAUCAGCUGGGCGGCCGAUCUGCGCGUGGACGUGUGGCAGAAUCGACGAUACCUGGCACUCUUCAACCUAAUCUUCCAGUGUUUACCCACUACCCGUUUCCACCUCCCACACUGUCCAUUGGAUACGUUGGUGGUUUGCUGAGUCAGCAACUACAGUACCAGCAACAACUGCAACUUCAAAUUCAACAACUUCAGAAACAACAACUGCUUCGACAACAGCAGCAAGCAAAUCUAGUGUUGGCGGGGUACGCGCCGGGAUCUCGUGGUACUUCAGGUACUACACCCACUGCUCCACCUACUGGAUAUAAGCGAGGACCAUACAAACGUCGUGAGCCAGCCUCGGAUGACCGACGUAAGCAAGAUUCUUACUCUCGAAGACAGUCGGGUGCCGCAGCAACUCCUUUGAAUGGACGUGUAGAGCUGACACGUAUCUCGGACUUGCAGGUGAUUUUAUGA